GCAAAGCAUUAUGGACUUGUAAACAGUUAUGGCCGACCACAGGCUAGUUGCGAGGUUACGCUGCUGGUAAAGCCGAAUUCAGCAGCUAAAUGUCAGAAUCAUAGUUUGGAAGUUUUGUGAAACUUUUAAAAUGGGCUCUACGAUAUCAACAGUAGGCGAGAAAAGAAAACAUUCGGAAUGCGAAGACGAAGAAGGUGGUCAAACAGAGGAUGAUAGGGUCGUCGAUGUAGUGAAGAGGAAAAAGCUGAAAGGCACAUGUGACUACAUUUAUCAGACACUGUUUCUUGAUUGUGAAGGGACUGAUGUGACAAUAGAAGCUCUUGGAAAAGAAUGGAAACUUCACAGAAUCUACUUGUGUCAGUCUAAAUAUUUCCAAAGCAUGUUCAAUGGAUCAUGGAAAGAGUCUAAUGAAAACCAUGUAACUUUGGAGAUUCCAGAUGAAAAUAUUGAUAUUGAAGCCCUGAAUACAGCAUUUGGUUCAUUGUAUUGUGAUGAAGUGAGUAUCACCCCUGUUACAGUGGUACCUCUCUUAGCUGCUGCUAACCUUCUUCAGCUGGAAGGCUUAUGUCAACAGUGCUCUGAAGCAAUGAUAGAAACGAUCAACAAAUCUACAGUUUGUGCUUAUUAUGCUGCAGCCACACAAUAUUGUGAGGCAGAAUUACAGACCAAGUGUGUAGAAUGGCUGGAAAGAAGACUUACCUCAGAGACAUCAGUGUCUCUUUUGAAGGAUAUUAGCAUUGAACUGAUGACUCAACUUGUAAAUUCUCAAGGAUUAUUCGUGAUGCAAAUUGAAGUGGAUGUAUACAACUUACUUAAAGUUUGGGUGUAUACCCAACUUUUCCCUGACUGCAAGGGGAGCUGGAAAGACAUACGAGAACAGAGUAAUACAUACUUUUCUUUGAGACCCUCUGAUUUGAAUUGUUUUUUGGAUACUGAUGAGGGCAAGGUAUUUGUGCCUGCCUUUAGAGCUAUAAGACUUCACCAUGUUGUUAAUGACCUGCGUUCGAUUCAUCUUCUCGACAAAGACAGAAUUAUUCCUCAAGAUUGGAUGCAUCCAGUUUACAAGAAACAGUGGACUUCCAUGCUAGCAAUGUCCCAAAGUAGGGACCCAGGACCUUUAGCUGAUGAAUUUGGUGGAAGUGCUCUCAGGUGUGGUCGAAUAUUGGAAAGGAGUUCAUCGUAUUGCUGGCGCUGGACAGGAUUCUCAUAUGGUAUUGACAUUAUUAUGACAUACAGCCCCAAGACAAAGCAGCUUUCAUUGAGGCGCAACACGUACACACAUCCAGUCAGUGGUGCAGUUUGUCUUCAUCAACAAAGAAACCUAGUGGUGAGAGUUGCUGCAGCUGCAUUUGAUGUCAAGGGUUGUACAAGCUAUUAUAAAUGUUCUGGACUCUUAGAUAUGACUCUAGACCCUGAUGAGGAAAAGGUAGUUUUGCAACUUGACCGGUCCGUGGUUUUUCCUCUUAGUGUCAGUGUACACAUGGCCCUAGUUUCUACAGAGCAUGUGAUGAUGACGCAAAGGCACUCAAGAGAAGACCAGUGAUGGAAUGGAAUUGGAAUUAGUCAUCAUAUACUGCAAAGAUUAAGAAAUAGUUGAAAAUGAGAUAAGAUGUCCUUAUUUGAAGAGAAAACCAUUAUUUUGAACAUGUGGUAUAGAAUUGUGAAAUUGAUAUGUAUUGUUUCACACUGUUUCCUUCAUUUAGACUAAUAAUAAUGGUGGUGUUAAAAUGGUUCUCAUGUACAGAAAACUA